UUUGUUUUAACUUUCCAACUGAUUAAUUACAGCUGAGCUGGGAGAGUGUGAACACCCAGAGCACACACCAGAACUAGUGUCUGAAUUCAGGUUUGCACCAAACCAGACUGAAGCAAUGGAAUUUGACAUUUUCCAGAAAUGGAAAGAGUGCAGGGGAAAGAGUCCAGCGCAGGCUGAAUUGUGCUACUUGAACAAAGCAAAAUGGCUAGAAAUGUAUGGUGUAGAUAUGCAUGUAGUUAAGGGAAGAGAUGGUUGUGAAUAUGCUCUUGGACUGACGCCAACAGGCAUAUUGAUCUUUGAAGGAGCAAAUAAAAUAGGCCUGUUCUUUUGGCCUAAGAUCACAAAAAUGGACUUUAAAAAGAGCAAACUAACACUUGUGGUUGUAGAAGAUGAUGAACAGGGCAGAGAGCAAGAGCACACGUUUGUUUUCCGGUUAGACAGUGCCAAAACGUGCAAACAUUUGUGGAAGCGUGCAGUGGAGCACCACGCUUUCUUCAGACUACGAGCCCCAGCAAAUAGUAAAUCUAGUAGAUCUGACUUCAUAAGGCUGGGAUCACGCUUCAGAUUCAGUGGGCGGACAGAGUAUCAAGCCACACAUGGGACGAGGUUAUGCAGAACUAGCACAUUUGAAAGACGGCCCAGCAAGCGAUAUCCUUCUUGAAGGCAUUCAACAUUUAAAGGCAAGUGUAGAUGCGUUUGCUGAACAUGCAGGUGUCAUGCAGGUGUGUUAACUCAUGACACAAAUGUCAUAUUACAACCAUAAAAUCUGUAUCACAAUAUAAACAGAAAAACACAAUGUCAGACCACUUAAAAAUCAGAACUGACAUGUU